CAGGCUGCUAUUUGGGAUGCAUUAAAUCACUAUUCAUUUCCUGAUGCAACAUUUCUAGCUGAAAGACUGUUCGCAGAAGUUCCGAAUUACGACACAUUAUACCUACUGGCGACGUGUUACUACAGGUCAGGAAGACCAAUACAGGCUCAUAUGUUAUUAAAGAAACACGAUUCCCCUAGACAUGACUGUAAAUAUUUACUGGCUAAAUGCUGUAUGGAUAUAGACAAGCUAUAUGAAGCUGAAACUAUAUUAGUUGGAGAUGUAUUUGCUAAAUAUACCAAUAGUUUAGAUGAAAUAGAAAUAGAGUAUGGUAAUAUGGCUUGUCACGUAUUUUCCCUCUUAGCUACACUUUACUCUAAAACAGACAGAAUAGAGAAGGCUGGGGAGUGUUACAAGCGUAGUUUACGAUUAAAUCCUCUGUUAUGGAAAUCAUUUGAAAGACUUUGUCAGUUAGGUAAGUUGUACCUUCUUACUUAA